AUGAGUUCCAAUAUCAAACGAACAAGCAUAAUAUUAAUUGCUGUUGGGUUAGCAUGUAUUUUAUUGGCAGCAUGGGCUGGGUAUGUCCUAUGUCAGAUGUACUUCACGAACUCUCUGCCAUUCGGCCUAUUUAAGCGUCAGCAACCACCACUACAAGCAUCUAACAAUACUCAACAACCACCACUACAUCCAAUGUUACAACAAGAACCCGACAAUGCUCAACCAGCACCACUACAGCCAAUGGUACAGCAGGCACCUGGCAAUGCUCAACAAGCACCCGACAGUGCCCAGCAACAAAGCAUAUGUGAUGAAGAUACGAACAUCCUGGAAACUUCUAAUGAGAAAACCCUCCAGUCUUACUACCAAUUAGGACUAUCCGGGAAUAUGUUUGCUCAGGAGAUUGUAGAGAAUGCCAUGGCAGACCUACUCAACCAACAGGCCUCCUCUAUAGAUAGCGCGCAUAUUUAUAAUAAGGUUUUGUUUAAUAUGAUUCUUAAGCCUUGUUUGACAUACAAUGUUGAAAAAGUCGACAGUGUCGCAUCGAUUUCCUCGUGGUUGCACAAGGCCGCUUUUGAUAAUCUGAUUUUCGAGAAAGAAUUCCCUGGCAAGAACGAUCAGGACGGGCGGUGGGCAAGAAUCAUUAGCUACUUUGCUCGUCCUUAUCAAUGGAUGUGCCAGUCCCUGUCUACUUCAAAGCUCGACGAAAUUAACAAGAAAGUUGCGGCAUACGAAUCUAGUAGCAAUAAUAAUCCCCUUCAAAAGAACAAGGAUCGUCAGGAUAUAACCAAGGAAAUAAUUCAGAAUGUUUCUAUGGCUGUUAAUCUUGGUGGCUUUGCUGACCGCUGCCAUAAACUUCGCUCGAAGCUAUUUGAUUAUAGAGAUAAACAAAAUCUAAGCAAUCUAGAAGAUGACACUAUACCAAUUGAAAGCUUGCUUUUCUUGCUGGACUGGAUUAGUUAUUUGGUUCCUCUACAGCCAAGCCACCUGGAUAAGAUCAAUAAGAUUUUAGAUGAGGCCGAUAUAGCUGUCAAUGCGCUCGAACAGAAACCUAGCAAACUACUAACCACCAAAGCGUAUAUGGCUUAUUUUUCAACCGUUUCCAAAAAGAUCUUAGAUGAAGUCAAUUGUGUCCUCGCUCUUCUUAAGAAUAUUCAUGGCUUCUUUGAAUCCCUUAAAGGCAAUUUUGCACUCAAGCUCCAAAAACAGAUAGACUAUUCUUAUAAGGUGAACACGGCAUUGGAGCUACUGGACUUAACAUUAGACUUGGAAACUAAUAUAGAACGGAUUCUAGAUCUUGUGGAAUGCUAUGAAGCAACUUUUCCUCUCUGGAUGAUUUAUCUUGGUCUAGUCAUAGGCUGUAGCCUAAACCAGGACCCGGCGCCUAGCAUCUAA